UGUGAUAUGUGAUGUGUGAUAUGUUCGUGUGACGGGCUGGGGCGGACACCCCCCAACAGGAUGUCCGUGUGUGUAGCCUCACGUCAUUAGCCUGAUGUAGAUAAUUAGCGCUGACGUCACAUCUGGAGAUGAAGCUCAUUUGUUUAGCGGCUUGCAUGGCCAUGUUGAGCAUUGUGACGAGCAGGUCAGCAGACUUGAACUUGGCAACUGUACAAGAGAGUGCCAGCGGGAGGGAACAAGCACGGUCUCGCGCCACAAGAGACGUCACAAGAGACGUCACAGACGACAGUGGCGAGAGUGUGGAGGGGGACAGCCAGGAGGGCAAAACUACGCUCACUGCUCACGUGGCUUCACGGACUGAUGACGUCACACACUCCUACGGUCCGGCGGCCGAUGACGUAAACACGACCGGUGUCAUCGCCUUGAAACCAGCCGGCGUUGGAGGGGAAAACAAAAAUGGCCCGUCGUCAGCCAAACCGUCCAUGCAGCUUAUUGGCAUAGUCGUCGGCAUUGUCCUGGCCAGUGUCCUCAUAACCGGCUUCAUUCGAUGGCGGGUAAAGAAGCACCUGGAGGCCAAGAGAAAACGUAAGCUGGGCGAGGCGGACAGGCCGUCUUUCAGCAAGAAAAUCAUGCCCACCCAGCACAUGGACACGAUAUACGAGUGUGAGGAGACGACCGAGGCCACGCCCUGCCACGUCACAACGGCCCGGGGAAAACACGUCUGCUCCCCCAAACGCGACAAGCGAAAACACAAAAACAAACAUUCGAAGAAAAGAAAGAAACUGGAUGGAGUAGAUCGCCUACUGGGCAGUGAGUCGUCAAAGGUUGGAGGUGACGGGUCGAGGGUUGGAGGUGACGGGUCGAGGCUGUCAUCUCAGUACGACGCAGUCUGGGACAAACGGAUAUACAAUGUCCCCACGGGUCAGCCGGCCUUGAGGAGAUCCAGCCUGCCUGAAGAGAUGCCAUUGACAGGCGGCACCACGCGACUGGACACGCCCCCUGUGACGUCACCGUCCAGAAGUCCGUCGUCUGCCCGGAACAUGAUGAAUUCCAUCAUGAACACAUGGAGUUCAUUGACCUUUAACCGGGAGUGGGUGGGCAGGCGGUGGCUGGAGCGUCACAACCUGCAGAUCCACGAUGUUCUGCGCCAGGGUGGGGCGGGCCAGACCCGCGGGCAAACCACGGCUGCUCCGUGUGACGUCAGGGAGGAUGAGGAGAUGUCCAUAUCUAGCGACACCGUCUCCGUGAAAAGCGACGAGUCGGCUGGUGACUUGAUGGGUCCCGUGAGCCCCCAGCCCCAGGGAGCCAUCACGCAUGACUGGUCACAGCCGUACGUCAUGGACGAGAACGCCAACUUGACCAGCCCGCCCGGAGUGGACGAGACCACGUCGCCAGGGAACAGCGGCGACGACACGAGAGUAGCGUCCCCUUUGUUGAACAGGAGCUACAGGGGCGGGGCCGGUGGUGAGCCGUUGUCCAGAUCUCUGGAGAUGGUGGCACCAAGCGCUAGACGGCUGAACCCCAUCCCUCAGCUCAACCAAAACAUUCAUCGACACUUGCUUUUUGCCGGCCACCAACGUCUGUUCGCCCGUUCCGACGCCAACCUUGGUCGUCAUAGCAACCAGUGUGAGCGCGUCACGGGUAGACACCAGCGGUCGAGCCAAGCACCGAGAAGCCCCAGGUGUGCACGGGGUGAGCAGCUCGGCGCCGACAGCUCGCCCUGCUCGACAAGUUACCCAGGCCAGGAGAACAACUUCUGCACUGACACCAACUUCUGCACUGACACCAACUUCUGCUCUGACACCAACUUCCCCAGCGACAUCCCGCGUCACGAUGGCGUUGUGCUGCACCAGCUGUCAGACGGCUCGAAGAUCAUCAUCCUGCCACCCCCUUACCACAACGACAGCCCCCCGCCCUAUCAUAAAUAACGCGAACAUGCUGGAAUGAUUGGAAAAUUGAUGGAGAGCAUGUAUCUUUAAUUUAUAAUAUAUAGAUCUACAAGAAUUGAAUGAUCAGCGUUUACUUCAUGGCGAUCUCAUCUUUAUAAAUCACCACAACAAAUAAGCCAUUCAAUCAAAUUUGUUGUGGUCCGCAAUGAAAACAAAAGAGAGACUACUCUAAACUCGAAGCCGUGUUCUAGCGGAAAUGGAAAAAAGUGUCAACACAGAAGUAAACUUUGUUUCGUCACAAUAGUUAGAUCUAGAUCUACAUCCCCCAUUCAGGCCAUUGUGCUUUGUCUGAAACUUUGUUGGAAAGGGAAAAAUUCAAGCAAUGAUUAUUAUGUGUUCGCUCUGAUCAUCAGUGAUAUCCUAGCAUGCUUUCCCGGUUCUAUUUUAUCUGACAGUGACAGGUUCUAUUUUAUCUGACUGGAUCUGUUUAUCUGGUUUUAUUUUAUCUGACAGGUUCUAUUUUAUCUGACUGGUUCUAUUUUAUCUGACUGGUUCUAUUUUAUCUGCUAUUUUAAUUAUCUGACUGCUUCUAUUUUAUCUGACUGGUUCUAUUUUAUCUGGUUCUAUUUUAUCUGACUGCUUCUAUUUUAUCUGACUGGUUCUAUUUUAUCUGACUGGUUCUAUUUUAUCUGACUGGUUCUAUUUUAUUUUUAUCUGACUGCUUCUAUUUUAUCUGACUGCUUCUAUUUUAUCUGACUGGAUCUGUUUAUCUGGUUUUAUUUUAUCUGACAGGUUCUAUUUUAUCUGACUGGUUCUAUUUUAUCUGACUGGUUCUAUUUUAUCUGCUAUUUUAAUUAUCUGACUGCUUCUAUUUUAUCUGACUGGUUCUAUUUUAUCUGGUUCUAUUUUAUCUGACUGCUUCUAUUUUAUCUGACUGGUUCUAUUUUAUCUGACUGGUUCUAUUUUAUCUGACUGGUUCUAUUUUAUUUUUAUCUGACUGGUUCUAUUUUAUCUGACUGGUUCUAUUUUAUCUGACUGCUUCUAUUUUAUCUGACUGGAUCUGUUUUAUCUGACUGGUUCUAUUUUAUCUGACUGGGUUCUAUUAGACUGCUGUUCUAAUAUCUGACUGCAACUUAGUUGACUGGUUCUGUUGUCACUAAAACAUGACAUGCCCCUAAAUUUGUAAAACAUGACAUCAUGCCCCUUAUGUUGUAACACAUGACAUCAUGCCCCUUAUGUAGUAUCAAAUGACAUCAUGCCCCUUAUGUUGUAACAAAUGACAUCAUGCCCCUUAUGUUGUAACACAUGACAUCAUGCCCCUUAUGUUGUAACACUUGAGAUUCAAGAGGCUUGUAAGACAUGGCUGUGAUUCAGUAUUAUAUUGUUUAAUUCAUUAAAUAUGCUGUAAUUGUACAUUGUUAUAUUCUCAAUGUAUACCCUAUGUCCUUCACGUUAUAUUCUCAAUGUAUACCCAAUGUCCUUCAAGACUCAUGGAACUAGUAACAAAACGUGGUCCCAAAUUAACAAACGUAAUCCAUAUCCAUCAUUAUCUAACACAGAGUUUC